GGUUGUCUCAACUUCAGCAGUUCCAUCUCCUGGAGAUACUAGUUGUCUCAGUAGCAGUCUCUGUCAGGCUGUGCCCUGCAGGUACUGCGAGAUCUGAAGGGAGGACACCGGGACAUCUCUGAAGCUGGGAAAUGGAACUGUUGACAUUCAGAGACGUGUCUAUAGAAUUUUCUAUGGAUGAGUGGGACUGCCUGGAUCCUGCUCAGCAGAAUUUGUAUCAGGAUGUCAUGUUAGAGACCUACAGACAUCUGGUCUUCCUUGGGCUUGCUGUCUCUAAGCCAGAGCUUAUCACCUGUCUGGAGCAAAGGAAAGAAGGCUGGAAGGUGAAGACUCACCAGACACUAGUCAAGCACCCAGUUAUAUUUAAUCAUUCUACCCAGAACAAUUCACAAGCGCUGGGCGUGAAUAUGUUAUUACCAGAGAUAAUCCUGAGAAGAUAUGAAAAUGAUACCCCUGAAAAUUUAAACUCAAUAAAAGACUGGGAUAGGGUGUGUGAGUAUAAGCAGCAGAAAGUAUGUUACAAUGGACUAGAUGAAAGUUUAACAGCUACGCAUGGUAAAAUCUACCAAUGCAGUACAUGUUUCAGAGUUGUCAGAAAAUUAUCAAAUGUAAAUAGACAUAAGAUGAUAUAUACCAGGGAAAUAACAUUUGAGUGUAAAAAAUAUGGGAAAGCCUUAAAUCUAUGCUCAAACUUUGAUAAACAUAAGAUAACCCAUUUUCUGGAAAAGCAGUGCAAAUGUAAAGAAUGUUGCAAAGUUUUUCCAUCUUGCUCAAGACUGUCUAAGCACAGGGGACUUCAUACUGCAGAGAAAAUCUCCCAUUGUGACAAGUGUCUUAGCCAUAGCUCAAAAUAUGCUAACUAUAAGACAAUUUAUAAUGUAGAGAAACCCUACACGUGUAAAGAAUGUGGCAAAGCCUUCAACAAUUACUCAAACCUUUCUAUACAUGAAAGAAUUCAUUCUGCAGAGAAAUACUUCAAAUGUGAGGAAUGUAGCAAGUCCUUUAACCAGUCCUCACACCUUUCUCCACAUCAAACAAUUAACUCUGUGGAGAAACCCUACAAAUGUCAAAAAUGUGGCAAAGCCUUUAACAAGUACGCAACCCUUUCUGUACAUCAAAGAUUUCAUACCAGAGAGAAACCCUACAAAUGUGAAGAAUGCGACAAAACCUUUAAACAGUAUUCACACCAUUCUGUACAUCAAAGAAUUCAUUCUGGAAAGAAACCCUACCAAUGUGAAGAAUGUGGCAAAGCCUUUAACCGGUACUCAACCCUUUCUGUACAUAAAAAAAUUCAUUCUGGAGGGAAACUCUAUAAAUGUGAAGAAUGUGGAAAAGCCUUUCACGAUUCCUCAACCCUUUCUGUACAUAAAAGAAUUCAUUCUGGAGAGAAACCUUACAAAUGUGAAGAAUGUGGGAAAGCCUUUAACCAGUAUUCACACCUUUCUGUACAUAAAAGAAUUCAUUCUGGAGAGAAACCCUACAAAUGUGAAGAAUGUGGCAAAGCCUUUAAGGAUUCCUCAACCUUUUCUCUACAUAAAAGAAUUCAUUCUGGAGAGAAACCUUACAAAUGUGAAGAAUGUGGAAAAGCCUUUAACCGGUACUCUAACCUUUCUGUACAUAAAAGAAUUCAUUCUGGAGAGAAACCCUACAAAUGUGAAGAAUGUGGAAAAGCCUUUCAUGAUUCCUCAACCUUUUCUGUACAUAAAAGAAUUCAUUCUGGAGAGAAACCCUACAAAUGUGAAGAAUGUGGAAAAGCCUUUAACCAGCAUUCACACCUUUCUGUACAUAAAAGAAUUCAUUCUGGAGAGAAACCCUACAAAUGCGAAGAAUGUGGAAAAGCCUUUAAGUGGUACUCAGCCUUUUCUAUACAUAAAAGAAUUCAUUCUGGAGAGCAACCCUACAAAUGUGAAGAAUGUGGAAAAGCCUUUAAAUGGUACUCAGCCUUUUCUGUACAUAAAAGAAUUCAUUCUGGAGAGAAACCCUACAAAUGUGAAGAAUGUGGAAAAGCCUUUAAGGAAUCCUCAACUCUUUCUGUACAUAAAAGAAUUCAUUCUGGAGAGAAACCUUACAAAUGUGAAGAAUGUGGGAAAGCCUUUAACAAUUCCUCAACCUUUUCUGUACAUAAGAGAAUUCAUUCUGGAGAGAAACCCUACAAAUGUGAAGAAUGUGGAAAAGCCUUUAACCGGUAUUCACAUCUUUCUUUACAUAAAAGAAUUCAUUCUGGGGAGAAACCCUACAAAUGUGAAGAAUGUGGGAAAGCCUUUAACAAUUCCUCAACCUUUUCUGUACAUAAGAGGAUUCAUUCUGGAGAGAAACCCUACAAAUGUGAAGAAUGUGGAAAAGCCUUUAACCGGUACUCACACCUUUCUGUACAUAAAAGAAUUCAUUCUGGAGAGAAGCCCUACAAAUGUGAAGAAUGUGGAAAAGCCUUUAACCGGUACUCAACCCUUUAUGUACAUGAAAGAAUUCAUUCUGGAGAGAAACCCUACGAAUGUGAAGAAUGUGGCAAAGCCUUUAACCAGUACUCACACCUUUCUGUACAUAAAAAAUUUCAUUCUGGAGAGAGAUGUUACAAAUAAGAAUAGUGUGGCAAACCCUUUAACUCAGGGUCAAACCAGCCUGUACAUUAAAAAAAUAAAAAAAGAAAUAGCAUGGAAACUCUAGAAAUAUGAAGAAUAUGGCAGUACCUUACUUGGUGUUCAUAACUUACUAAGCUUAUAAGAAUUUACACUGGAGAGAAAUCCUUCAACUGUGAAUGGUGUGGCAAUAAACUUAACCAUAGCUCAAACUUUACUACACGUAAGAAAAUUUAUAUUGGAGACAAAUCUUACAAAUGAGAAUAAAUGACUAAGGUUUUAACUGAUUCUUGGCCCUUAGUAAAAAUAAAAGAAAUCAUGUAGGAGAAAAAUUAGAAUAUGAAGGUGUGUGCAAGCUUUAUGCCAGUAAUCAUAGUUUUCUGUACACAGUAGAAUUCAUGUUGAACAGAAAGGCUGUGAAUGUGAAGAAUGUGACAAGUGUUUAACUUCUGCUCAAACCAUUUCUCUAUAAGAAAUUUAUGACAGAAAACCCCUUCAACUGUAAAGACAGUGUCGAAUAUUAUAACCAGUAUUCACACAUUUCAGUACAUACCAGAAUUCAUAGAGAUACUCUACAAAUGUGAAGAAUAUGACAAUGUUUUUAAAUACUUCUUAUACUUUUCUAAUCAUAAUUCAUACAGAAGAAAUACUCUAAAAAUGUCAAUGAUGUCUUAAAGUUGUGUUUAUCCUGUUCAGUAGGGCUAAGGAGGGACAGGAGCAGAUGAUUCUAGGGCAUUCCUUGUCCAUAAUAAGUAGGAACAAAGUCACCAGAAGGGGCUGCCAAGAAAGAACCGCAUUUCAGGAAGGCUUUAAGAAACUGAACUGAUGUUUGCUUUACAAAACUGACUCUCAGAGGUAGAGAGGUCCCAUGGUGGAGAUAUGGCGAAGGCCACAAAAAGGGUUCUUUGCAGCAUCCAUACAAGUAAGGUGACAGUAGCCUCAAGGGACACAUUUUCAUAAACAAAGUAAAAUUUACACCACUUUUAUCACAGUUUACAAAUACUAUGACAAUUUCUGGAAAUUGGUUUACCGGGAUAAAAAUGGGAGGACUCUCCGUUGAGGAACUUUUCCCCCUUUCCAGUAAAAAUAGUAAAUAUAUUACUCCCCUCCCCCCACCACUUAAAGUAAAUUUGGAAAAUUAUUAUAAAGGGGAAAAAUCUCACUAACCCAAGGUAUUCUCCACUUGAUAAGGUAGAUGUCUUCCUUCUCUGGACUGUACUGUGCUUUAAUAAAC